UGACUAUUCCACAGCAACAUGGACGAUACAUGAUCCUUCACUUUUUCCGUAGCAAGGACAAAUAUCUGAUUUUAUGUUAAAGAUGACUUACUCUUCGAAAAUCAGACUAAGACUUAAAUAAGUUUACUGAUUAACACUUUAAAACAAUGAUUUCUGAAGCAGAGCUUUCACUAAUGAGCUCAGAAGUGAACAAAAAUCCAACCCUCCCACUCUCUGCCUCUGCUGAGGAAAGCAAACCAAAAGUGGAAGGGAAAAUACCGAAUGGCAAAAUAAAUCACACCAAGGACGAAAAUGGCCGCAUUGUCCAUAAUCAUCCUAGAGAUCAAGACAAUUAUAAGAGAGAGUUACUAGCUCAGUGCACAUGUGAUGUACAUCAUUCAAAGGAACUUGAAGUUGAUGAAAGUUCAGAGCACAUGCUCUGUGAAUCAGUGCGAAGAAUCCACAUCGAACCACAAUUACAAGGAGAAAUUAAGGAAGUUGACGGAAUCAGUUACACUGUAUAUGAAUCAGAAAAACAAAUGCCAGACAUUAUGAGGCUCAUUACCAAAGAUCUUUCUGAACCCUAUUCCAUUUACACAUACAGAUAUUUUAUCCACAACUGGCCAAAGCUGUGCUUUUUGGCUAUGGACAAAGAGAAAUGUGUGGGUGCCAUAGUUUGUAAAUUAGAUAUGCACAAGAAAAUGGUACGAAGAGGGUAUAUAGCAAUGCUGGCUGUUGAUGCAGAGUACAGAAGGAAAAAGAUAGGGUCCCGUCUGGUAUUAAAAGCCAUUAGAGGAAUGAUAGCUGAUGACUGUGAUGAGGUAGUUCUUGAGACAGAAAUUACAAACAAGGCAGCGUUGAGAUUGUACGAAAACCUGGGCUUUGUGAGAGAUAAACGAUUGUUUAGAUACUAUCUCAAUGGAGUUGAUGCUUUACGGUUAAAACUGUGGUUAAGGUGAAGUUGAUUUUAAAAUGUUAGGGAUGUAAAUAUAAAACCAUCAAAUUAAACUCCAAAAAACAAUGAUGUAUUACUUCACUGUUAUAUGACUGUUUUAAUAAAAGGAUUGCAUUAUGUGAGCCAUUUUGUUGCAAAGGUGUGUACUCAUUUUAAUGAUACUGUGUGAGAAAUAAAAUGUCAGUGAUUUUCUUGAAGUAAAAUAAACUUUGGAAUGGUUA